AUGACCGUUAAAAUUUGGUAUAAAGUCGAAGAGUUGGAGGAGGCUUCUAUAAAUUUCGAACAGAAUAAGACUGUAAACAAUCUCAAAAGAGCUAUUAUAAAAAAUGAGCCUAUACUUAAUGGUCUCUCGUCGUCCAAAAUAACUUUGAAAAUAACAAAAGAAGGUGAUAACAAAAUUUAUAUAGUAUCUCCAAGAUGGGUAAUUCAGAAGGUUUUGCAAGAGAUUGGAAAUAACUUUUUAUGCUUAAUUCACAAGAAGGGCUACUACGCCAAUGGGCCAGAUGUGACAUUCGUUGCCAUUUGCAGGCCUUUGCCUACUAAUGAUAGUCCUGAGGUUGCUAUCAUUGUGAAUUCAAACCUAAAUAUGAGGAGGAAUCAAAUAUUUAAUCUGCGACGAAUGAUUAAUCUAAGUAUUCUAAUCAAGUCACUUCAAGAUGUGAUCGGAUGGCAUGAAACACCUGAGUUUCGUCCAAUUGUUAGGCGUGUUGAAAAACUCAAGAAUGUUUACAAUAUACUUACAAAGAAAAAAGUACCAAAUGUUGAUCUACUUCUUCAUGCUAAUAAUGGGUCAGAUGAGGUAUAUCUGGGGCUAAAAGGAAUGAGUGUAAGGCCAAAUAAUCAGAAGGAACUACUUGAAGCUGUAGUCUGUGUGCUCGAGGCUUUGGUGGUGUUGCAUGGUGGCAACGAACCAAUUUUUCAUCAAGAUAUCCAGUGGCCCAACAUUAUUAAAUUGCCUGGUGAACUAUUGAAAUGGAUCCUUAUUGAUUGGGACGAUACUGAUAGACCUCUAACUCGACCAGCAAACCACCUUGGAAGAGACAAUCACACGCCAGAAGUGUUUGAGGAAGAUCACGGUGGAGAAGUUGAUAUAUGGAGCAUAGGAAGACUAAUAAUCGAAGUAAACAAAUGGAUCAUGGGCCUUUCACAAAGUAUUGUUGAUAUUGGGGUAACAAUACAAAGUAAUAAUAGACCAAAUGCUCAUGAUGCCUUGGAAUUU